UUGAAGUUUGUAAAAGGAGUUUAGUAUCUGGAUGGAGAAAGAUAACUGAUGAUAUACUUGGAAAAGCUGAAGCCAAAGGAACUUUGGCUUUAUAUUAUGUAGAUUGCAAAAACAAAGAAAAGAAGCAAAAUCUGUUACCAAUUUACAGCUUUCAAGAAUUACAAAAGGAAAUAAAAAACAAGAAUAAUCAGCUAAAUAUUUUUUUUGAUUCUAUCUAUAAUGCUGCAAAUCCAUUUAAAAGAAACAAAAAGUAUUUAGAAAAGCUAGACAAAUGUCUAGCUUUUGAAUGUUAUCUUAUAUGUGGCAAUCAUAACUCAAAGUUAACUGCAUUCAAAACAAAGAUGUCAAUAUUUUUAAAUUCUAUGAAAACAUCUCAUGAAGCAAUUGAUGCAUUUGUGAAUGCUGAAAUUAUGAUCACAUCUUAUCAUAUGGAUCAAAAAAAAGCUGAUUUUGCAAAAUUGUAUGAUGAUAUAGUUGACAGUUAUUUUA